ACUCAUGCUUUGAAUUACUACGGAUCGGGACAAACAAUACGCGGACGCACGCUAUAACCCAGUGAAACCUUCUCUCAACCAAGAUGCAACACUUAAAGACUCUCUAAACUAAACAAUCCGCCCGUGCGUCCCGUGCGUAAAACCUCACCCGUGCGUAAAAGCCUAAUUCGCAUUCCGUCCUUUUGUUUUCGCCGUGAGAACUUCAGCGCUGUCAGCAUUUUGCCAUCGCGGGACCGGGGCCACCCACCCACCUACCUUUGGUUCGCUGCCUCUGCUCGGGCUGCUCCUGUUGGGUUUCCCCCCGUUUGACCCUCCUGUCUGCGGGUACAGCCCAGAGAAGAAAGAGAACAGUCUUAUCUGUGCCAAAAAAGACAGGAAGAAAGAGGAAAGAGGAGAGGGUACUCAGCCUUGGACAGGUUCCUGUCUGUCAGUGGGAUGUUCGCGGCCUGGAGGCAGCUCAGGCACUGACUGAGGGAGCAUGGUCAAACACCAGCCUCUGCAGGUGUACGAGCGACAGCUGUGCUUGUCCUGCAUCACCGGGAUCUACGGUUGCCGCUGGAAACGAUACCAACGCUCCCACGAUGACACCACCAAGUGGGAGCUGCUCUGGUCCUUCGUCCUGCUCUUCACCUUCGGCCUGCUCCUGCUGUGGUCCUACUUCUGGUGGGAGGCGCAUAACGACUACAGCGAGUACAACUGGUUUCUCUAUAACCGAUCUGGGGAGUGGAGCGAUGGCACGGCACCCAUCGUGGCCUCCACCGCAGCGGGGUUCACAUAUAUUACUUUUUUAAUGGUUUUAGCACUUUGCCACGUUGCAGUUGGCCAACAGUUGAAUUUGCACUGGCUCCAUAAGAUAGGAGUCACAGCAGCUCUCCUUACCACCGUCGUCGGGCUGAUAUCGGUCACCCAAACAUGGGGCUACGAGUGGGACGUCGUGCCCAUCUCGCUGCAGGCGACCGGCCCGUUCCUGCACAUAGGGGCAGUCGCCGCGGUCACUGCUCUGUCCUGGAUCGCGGCGGGACAGGUGGCUCGAGCCGAAAAAACAAUUUUCCAGGUGGUUGUGGUGCUGCUGUACUUCUCUGUCCUCUUGGCCCUGUACAUGGUGCCUUUGUACAUUACCUCUCCGUGCAUCAUGGACCCCUCAAACCUCAAAUCGCGUCCAGAAGUCAUCGGCCACCAAGGAGCGUCCAUGCUCGCUCCAGAGAACACGAUGUGGUCCUUCCAGAGAGCGCUGCAGAUGAACGUCACCGGACUGGAGACGGAUGUAACCAUAAGUCUGGAUGGAGUGCCUUUCCUGAUGCACGAUGCCACACUGCGCCGGACCACAGAUGUACAGAAGGUGUUUCCUGAGCGACAGUGGGAGGACGCCUCCUCCUUCAACUGGACAGACCUGCGCCUCCUCAACACGGGACACUGGUUUCUCAAGGACGAUCCGUUUGGGACAGUACAGACCCUCUCCCCUCACGAGAAACAGCUGAUCGGGAACCAGACUGUGUGCAGCCUGGAGCAGCUCCUAAAACUGGCCUCUUUUAACAACUGUACGGUGGUUUUCAAACUGGGGAGACCGCCCCCUGAGCACCCCAGCCACUACAGCUGGAUCAACGACACUCUGCAAGCAGUGCUCAAAUCAGGCAUUCAGCAGAGUCUGGUGUUUUGGACUCCUGAAGAGGAAAGGGCAGAGGUGAGAAAGAUGGCGCCCGGCCUCGUCCAGACGUCGCUGGUCAAACCUGAGACUCCAGAGACGCUACAGCGAGAGGGAAUCAGUGCGAUGCUGCUGCGGUACAACCAGGCCACCACACAGGAAAUCGGAGCUCUUUCCCAGAACAACAUCAACCUCACUCUGUACACUGUAAAUGAGCCCUGGCUGUACUCUGUGCUGUGGUGCAGUGGGGUGUCCUCUGUCUCCUCUGAAGCUCCUCAUAUCCUCAAAAAGGUGCCUUACCCCAUCUGGCUCAUGAAACCUGAUGAGUACUGCGUGCUGUGGGUGUCGAUGGAUCUGGUCUCCUUUGCUGUAGUUAUAGCAAUAUUCAUAUUCCAGAAGUAUCGCUCCAGUGGCAUUCACAGCUAUAACCCUGAGCAGAUCAUGCUGAGCGCCGCAGUGAGGAGGGCGAGCCGUGACGUCAAUGUGAUGAAGGAAAAACUCAUCUUCUCUGAGGUGGAGAAUGGUGUGACCAGUUCUGAGGAGCUGUACAUGAACAACGGCUACAACUACUACACGAAUCAGGGGAUCGGCCAAUGACGAGGACACUGUAGCUCCCUGUACAUUGUGUAAAAUGUUUUUGUUUUGUGCAUAACUGAAAACACUAGCACUUUUAUUGAUUCAAUUCACCAAAUAUUUUGGCUCUACUUGAUGCUUGAUUUUAUGUUUGCUUAAUAUCGAUACCUGUUGUUUUCUAUUGAAGCACUGCCUUGGAAAUCCUCACUAUAUUUCUGACUUUGCAGCAUGACACAAACUGUUCUCGAGACUACUAUAAUUACUGACACUUAUAUUGACUAUUAUUACUGACAUAAAUAUUUAAAAUGAAACUAAGCUGUUUACAGAAGCCCUGCCUUCCUCUUCAGGUAAAUAUCGUCAAUGUAAUAAUUCUUGAUGAUCAAUGCAUGUGAAUAACAGUAAUGACCAUAUCUAAAUGUGAGCUGUUCUGAGACUGUAACACGGUAGAAUGACGAGUUGUAGUAUUUUAUGGUUAAUGUGAAUGUUUGAGUUUUUUUUAAUGUGUUCGAUGUAUUUUGGUGGGAAUGUAUUUUUAAGCUUGGCUGCUGUGCUGUUGAGUGUUAUUGUAAAGUUGAAUUGAUGCGUGACCAAUGAACAAUGUGACAGUAAUAAACUGUGUCAUUGAUAAAA